CACGUAUCUUCCUCCGCUGCCGCCGCUCGACCAAAACAUCCUCUCACGGCUCAACAUGUCGUUAUGGCCGUUCACAUUUACGUCUAGCUAAAUUGGGAGAACUAAAUUACUAAAUACUAAAAUUAAAUAUGGCGUGGAUUUUAAAUAAACUGCACAUCCGGUGCGUUUUGAUAUUCAUGUUGUAUCAUUCUGACGUGUUGAAGUAUUCGGUCGCACAAGAGAGUGACGAGUCACCGGAGCUCAUGCUGUCGGAGGACGCAAUGUCCGAAAUGGAAAACAGCCCCAAAUUCGUGGAGUUAGAGGACCUGGGCUCUGCGCCGAAGAGGCAGUUCAAGACGGCGGAGAUGGCGGAUGCCGUGAUGGGAACCGAAGCCCCCAUGGACCCCUCCGACAUCGAGUCCCUGUUCCCCAAAAAUGUGAAGGACUUCCAGUCGGGCUUCUCCCCGGCGUGCGAUGAGAACAGCGCCCGGUGCGGAUCCCCUGACCCGGACGCUCACGCAGCGUCGAUGGAGGACAUGAGCGAGGAACCGUCGCAGCAGAUCAUUCUCGACAUGGUGCACGCCGACCUCCCGCCGGCUGAGGAGCAGAACGCCACGGAGACCGCCAAGACCUACAAGGUGACCUGCGACAGGAGGAACGUCACUGGAAUUGACAAUUUUGCCGUGCAGGUCCUGAACGCGUCACAGGACCUGAUGGAGUACCUGAACGCCAACGGCACAGAGUGCUCCGUCGUGCUGUUCUUCACCGCCUGGUGCCAGUUCUCGGCCAGCCUGGCCCCUCAUUUCAACGCCCUGCCCCGAGUCUUUCCCAGCAUGCACUUCCUGGCACUGGAUGCCUCGCAGCACAGCAGCCUCUCCACGAGGUUCGGGACCGUGGCGGUGCCGAACAUCCUGCUGUUCCAGGGGGCCAAGCCCAUGGCCCGCUUCAACCAGACCGACAGAACGCUGGAGACGCUCACCUCCUUCAUCGGCAACCAGACGGGGUUCGAGGUCGGCCCCGACAACAACGUGACCGACACGGACCGCCUCGGCCCCCUCCUCAGCGCCCCGGUGAGGAGCAUCGACUGGCUACUCGUCUUCUCCAUCCUCUUCAUCGCGGGCUUCACCACGUACGCCAUCCUGCGGACGAACAGCAUCCGCUGGCUCAUCCUGGGACAGGAGCACGUGCACCAGGACUGAGGACUUGGACAAUUUAAUUUGUUAGAAAAUAUAAAUAAAUGAACAGUGAGCUAAUUUGCGUUGACGUUUCGAUGAUAUGAAUGUGUGUGUGAGCCAUUUUGAUUAAUAUUAAAGAAAGGGAGGUUUUGUAACGUCGUCUUUCGGGGAUUUUUUAUCAGAUAGAUUAGAUAUUCUCUUAAAGUCGCAGCUGAAGGGAUAAGUGCAAAAAGUAAGCUAAAAGCAGCAGUGGAUCGUUGUACACAUAUUCAAUAUAAUUAAGCCUUAUUCCACCUUAAGUUGAAUUAAAGGGUAUAUUUCAAGGAUAUAAGCACAAACAAGGGUUGUGGGCCAGCUAAGCCUUCUCUGCUGGCCUAGACAGAAUGACAUGAAUAUAUAUAUGUGUGUAUGUGUAUAUAUGUACAUAUAUUUAUGUACAUAUAUAAGUAUAUAUACAGGACUCUCAGAAAAUUAGAAUAUUGUGAUGAAGUUCUUUAUUUUCUGUAAUGCAAUUAAAAAAACAAAAAUGUCA